AUGGUCAAUGUCUUGCUCGAAUCCAUUCGGAAAAAUCAAAUCCAAAUUGCGAUGGAGCAUACAAAUGCUUUACAAAUAGUCCAAAAGGAUACGUUCGAAGGAGUCGAAACAAUAAUGGCAACCAUUGCUAUCGCCGCCUCCUCGUCGGUUCGGCUCCAGAGCCAGCUGGUAGGCUUGACUUUCAUGAGAAUCACAACGCCUGCUGAUCCGACACAGGAGGAGACUGAGCUCCGAGCUGACAAGGUCAUCGAAAAGCAAAACAUGCUCGAAAAGAACCUCGAUCGGCUGCAGAAGGCCUCGCACGAGAUGAGCCUCGACGUCGAGGGCAACUACUCCAAGGCCGAGUCCUUUAUCCGCUCGGCGGCCGCGCAGGGCGCGCAGCUCGCCGUCCUUCCCGAGUACCACCUCCAGGGCUGGGUUGGCUCACGGGAGGCGCUGCUCGGGAGCGCGCGCCGCUCGCCCGAGUUCCUGGCGCGCUACCGGGCCCUCGCGCGCGAGCUCGGCGUGUGCAUCGUGCCGGGGACGCUUCUCGAGGACGUCUCCGCGCCGUCCGACGCGCACGACGAGCCGGCCCUCGCCAACGUGGCCUACUUCCUCGGCCCCGACGGCGCGGUCUGCGGGCGCUAUCAGAAGCGCAACCUGUGGCACCCGGAGAAGCCGCUCCUGCGGGCGCCGAGCGGCGACGGCGACGGCGCCACCCCGCACCACAUCGCCUUUGACACGCCGCUCGGCGUGCGCGCCGGCAUGCUCGUCUGCUGGGACCUCAGCUUCCCCGAGGCGUUCCGCGCGCUGGCCGCGGACGGGGCGCGCCUGGUGGUGGUGCCGUCCUUUUGGGUCGCGCGCGACGUCGGCGAGCCGGUCAACCCGGUGAACCGCCACGCGGAGCGGCUCUUCCUGGACACCAUGUGCGUGGCGCGCGCGUUCGAGAACAGCUGCGCGGUCGUGUACGUAAACUGCGGGGGCGCGACCGCCGCGGAGGCGGAGACGGCGGCCGGGACGGUGCGGGAGGGGCACGACGCGGAGGGGAGGGAGCACGCGGGGGUGUCGCAGGCGGCGAUGCCGAUGGUGGGCGCGGUUGCGCGUAUAGGGCACGGCGCGGAGGAGAUGCGCGUGGUGGAGCUGGACCUCGGCUUGCUGGAGGUGGCGGAGAAGGCGUACAAGCCGCGGGACGACAUGGAGAGGCGCGGGUGGAAGUACGAGGCGGACGUGAGCGGCAUCUGGCGGACGCAGGACUUGUGA